GUUCUGAAACUACUCUUCAUUUUCUAAACAAAAAAAAUCAUAUUCGAAAUUCAAAUUUAAAAUUAGAACACUUGGUAAAGCGCGGGGUAUUGCGUGUUGCUGUAGUCUUGUAGUUAGUUAGAAAUAGUUUUUUGGCGGGAAACUAUCAAGAAAUAUAUUUUUACCCAAUUAAUUUUCAUUAUAAAUAGAGAAAAAUUACAAGCCUAAUAAUAAUGUCCAAUUUCAAAAAAUCUGCUAAAGCUUCCAAGUUUGUUGCUGACGAUAUCAGUGAAUUUAUAAAUGAAUCUCAAUUUCUAAAAGAUUCCCCAAAAGUGAAAAAAACACAGAAACGGCAAAGAACUGCUGAGACUAACGAAGAAGAAGACAUUUCUAAGUUGAUUGGGCAGUAUCAAGCUAGUGCUAAGAAAAAGAAGGCUGAUGUUAGUGUGGAAACAUGUAAAGAAUCCCGACAAAAAUUACUGGAUGUAAUGAGUCAUCAAUUGGACGCCAGAAAGCACAGCAGUGAUAAUUUGCUUAAAUCCCUCUCAGAAGUUUUGUCACAGUUAGAAGCUGAUUAUGGUGUUAUGAAAGAUAAUGAACAAAAAUUAGAACAUCUAUCAGGAGCACUUAUUAAGUGUAUGCAACAAGCUACUAAUGCUCACAAGCAGAAACUGAAAGCAUUAAAUGAAAUACACAAGUCUUUUAAAAAAGAAUGUGAAGAAAUGGAUCAUGACCACAAAGCUGAAACAGAUAAAUUGGCAGAUGAACUAGAAGAUGAUAUCAAGAAACUUCAACAGAAACUCAUCUCUGAAACCAAACGCAAUGGAUGGGAAGCACUUCGGAGAUCAAUUUUCCAUGCUAUGCAAAAUGACUUUUGAUUGAGAUUGCAUAGAAUUGAUUUUAUUUUCUUAAAGCUUAUUAUUUCUUUGCUUACUUCUCAGAUUCAUUGAUUUAUGUUCAUAAUGAUAAUAAUAAAAUAAUUUCUUAAAUUA